CAAAGAUGGCGAGUCGGCGGGAGCGUCAAUGGGGAGAGCUUUACAAGAAGUCUGAGUGGAGAGAUCUGCAACGAGAGCACCCGAGCGAUGAGCCCCGAGAGGGAGAGAGUCUCUCUGAUCUCCUCUCCCUGAUCUCACCCACUGCUGUCUUGUUCCUCAUCUGCAUCGCCAGGUAUCACAAUACGCACCGCUUUCUUCUGUGCAGCUUCGGUCAGUGGACCUUAGCAACUGAGGCCUAUCUGCGCUCACGCUGCCUCCCUGUGGCAUUUGCGGCGAGAGCUUAAGGGGGCUGGGCUCUCGAACAGUUCGAGCGGAGACUCUCCACGCGAUGGCACAGCUCUCCACGUGUGCUGCGCUGCUGAUGAUGACUGUCAGCUUGACGUGUGUUGGCGCAGAGGGACAGCAGGUGCACCACACACGGAGGUCAUCAAUCCAUUCCUUCGAUACUCUGGUGUGCAUGGCUGUCUUGUGUGUCCAGGUCCGUCUGCGUCGUGUGCAGGUGUCCCCUCCUGAGAACACGUCGCUGUCUGCGUCAGAGUAUGAGGCGCUGCUCGACUUGAUGGGCAGUGACAAUGGCACAGAACUCAACUCGCUGUACCGGUAGGCAAUCACACACACACACACGCACACACACACACAGAGAGAGAGAGAGAGAGAGAGAUCUGCGUGUGUGUAUGUGUGUGUGUCGUAGGACGUCUGUGGACGGCACCACUUACAAUGACCUGCUGGACAGUGUGGGCGACGCAGAGCCUCUCGUGUUUGUCAUCAGAAAGGGCAAGUACGUCUUCGGCGUCUUCAUCAAUUGUGGUCUGGAGCUGCCCGACGACCCGACCGACUGGCAUAAGUACGACUGUGAUGUCUGGUAUUUCUCGCUGGCCGGCCACUUCCCCAAGCCCACCAAGAUCGACAUCGACGAAGGGGAUCACUUUGUGGUGGUGUCGGGGAGGGAGGGGAGUCUGUCUGGCUGGGCGAAUGCGGAGAUCGGUGGGCGGCUUUAUUUGGGAUUCCGGCCUUACAUCCGCAGCUGCAUGCAGGUCACCGAUAGCCGUUAUCUGCCUGCGGGCUAUACGGGGGAGAGGAACGAAUAUGGCGGUGCUUAUCUGGGCGGGUCGUAUGACUUCAUAGCGGAUGAGAUAGAGGUGCUUCACGUGGUGGGGAAUAGCAGAUGAGGAAGGGGGGAUGUUUCGAUUUGGCGUGCGAUGAGAUGAGUGCUUUGUGGAGGUUCGAUUGGCUUUUGUGUGCCUCACAUAAACACACCUAGUGCAUGCUGCAUGUGGUGUAACAGAGGAGAUUAGACGAUUUGGGGAGAAAUGCAGUUACUUCUUUGUUCAAGUCGCCGCAUUUGGUGUGUGUGGAUAUAAUGGGAUGCACUGGCUGGCUGAAUGGAUGGACGGCACCACAAGAGGGUGUGCACAUCAAUCCCCUUUGUCCGUCAAUGGACUCGCCGUGCAAAGCUUGUCACAUGUG